CGAUUAAGCCUCACACUUUUGUCCCUGCUACGUUGUCGUUGUCGUUUCCGUUGUCGUUAUCGUUUUCUUUUGCCUUGUGUUUGCAAGUCUUGUUUCUGCCAUGGACCGCGUCUCUCUCGUUUCUCGCUCGAGUCUCGAGGCCACGGUCAAGUUGCCGAAUGUUAAGGCUGAGCCUGUGUCCUUGCAGAGUGAUGGGGGAAUCGCUUUUCGCAAGACUUGGAAGCCGCCAGCGCUGCGGUCGCCAAUCUUGAUCAUCACUAUACUUCUGUGUUGGUCCUUGAUUGCUAUUCUUCAAGUGUUUUUAGUGCAAAGCCAGCGCGAUGGCGGCGUUCUCUUUGCUGCAAGAAUAAGCGCGCUGCCCUUUUCCCAGCAGUUCCUCUACCUGUACUUUCCUACAGUGCUCGCUGUUAUUUUCAGCAUAUAUUGGGCUUGGAUUGACCUAGAGACCAAACGAAUGGAGCCCUACUAUCAAUUGAGUAAGAAAGACGGAGCACUGGGCAAGGAUUCGUUGCUUCUUGCAUAUCCCUUCGACUUCAUUCCACUCGUCCCUAUCAAGGCUGCUAAAAACCGCCACUGGCCGGUCUUCUGGGGAUCUUUGGCGGUGUUGUUAGUGACAUGGGGGCUGGUACCAACACAAGCUGGUAUUUUCUCUGUGGAAACAAUCACCCGUUCAACAAGCACAUCGUUUGAUCGUUCAACAUCUUAUCUUCCCGCACAAGACCAGCAGGCCAACCUCAAUAUUCGCUAUGCUCAAUCCACCUACGGCAUUGCUACACUCAACGAGACGCUUCCACCUUACAUGGCUCGUAACUAUACCUUGGCCCCGUUCAGACCAACAGCUCACGAUGUCAAUGUCGCUGGGAGUCAAGGUACUUGGUUUGGAGAAACGAUUAUGUACAGUCUCGAUUUGUAUUGCGCACCCGGCUCAGCCAUACUAGACUCUUUUGGUAAAUCACAGAGGAUGAGAUACGUUAGCAGCGGCGGAUGUAAUGUGACCUUGGGACUUACCGGUAAUGUUACAGAGGGAGCCAAUCCAAGAAAGGACGACUCUACAAUCUUCCGCAUCAAACAGUACAUGGCUAUGUAUAUCGGUUACUGGAACUUCAGCGGCUUUGCAGACUAUUACUUGCAAGGCGAUUGUCCAAAGGAGCGUAACGCCACAUUCUAUGCAGCUUUCACUCGAACGAAGAGCAGGGACGAAGACCCACCCAACAACGUGACCACGAUUUUCUGUGAGCCAAGAUAUUACCAGCAGAGAGUCAACGCGACUAUCGAUCGGAUCACCCAGAGACCACUCAAAGUUACAGCUCUAGAGGACAAGCAGCCUCUCAGCAAGGACAUCUUUAACGCAACACAUUGGGAGGCGCAGAUUACCACUGGAUCAUCUGGCCGCGAAGUCAGAGGCAAUUUCUUACCCAUGAGCGCGGUUCCGGACUAUGUGGAGUACAUAGCAAUGACGAACGUCAGCAUUGGAACAGGAUCGUCAGGUGUUGGAAUAGUGCAGCGCAUGGUCGGACUGUCACUUGCUGUCAGCGCACUCCCACUUGAAGACUACCUUGACUGGAAAAUCUUGAGCAAAUCCUACGCGGACGCAUACCGAUUAUUAUUCUCUCGUACCAUGGUCGAUAUUCUGGGGGAUGACUUCGCAACUUCGGAAGAAACGAUGGGUCGCCAGCAAUACACGACCGAGGCGGUUGUACUAGAGCCUGUGUUCGUCUACAUUGUAGAGGGACUUCUCGGCGGUAUAUCCCUCGCAACCAUCAUGCUACUCUACCUCUCGAUUACUCGGACGAGGAAUUUGCGGUCGGACCCAAGCACUGUCGCAAGUGUCAUGAGCCUUGUGGCGGACAAUCAGCCUUUACUCGUUGGUUUCGAAAACCUCGACUGUUGCACCGCUUCGGAGCUCGAAGAAGUCCUAGGGCCACAGCGAUUUCGUUUGGUGCAUGAUAGUCAACGCACUGGUAUUGAGAUCGUUGGCACUGCGGAUACCAUCACCUCCGCCCCACAGUCCACAACACUUCCGCAGUGUCAGAAUACCGUACGAGGAAUCGCAAAACCUGUCAGACCGAAUGAAUUCCGGCUGUGGACCGCCAUUCCUUUCGUGAGUCUGUUCUUCGCCUUGAGCAUCACGCUUGCCGUAAUCUUCGUCAAAGCCAGGGCGAAUGGAUUGCCUUUGCCAUCCAGCAUUAGGCUUGUGCAGAACAUCCUCGAAAACUACAUACCGACUGCUCUGGCCACGCUGAUAGAACCUAUGUGGGUCAUGAUCAAUCGGUUACUUUGCAUGCUUCAACCUAUCGAAGAAUUGCGUAGUUGUAAGGCCGAGGCGAAGAACUCAAUUGACCAGAACUACAAUUCUUUGCCGCCGCAGUUGACACUCUUCAAAGCAUUACGAUCAAAACACUUUGUUCUCGCUUCGGUAUGUGCUAUGGCCCUUUUAUCCAACCUCCUGGCGGUCGCUUUUGCUGGUAUCUUCAACCAGGAUCUUGUCGCCAUACAGCGAGCCGCGACAUUUACACCUCCUUUUGAGAUGAAGUUUGUCUCCAUCAACGGCAGCAUCGGUCCAUUAACGUCGCAAACCUUUGGCUCCCUCGAGCCGUCUGGUGCAUACCGCGGCGGUAAUUCUCAAGACCAAUUCCUUAUCGCCGAGUCAAACUUCUCCAGGGGCACCCCUCUUCCUUCCUGGACUGAUACAAAGAUGUUCUAUCUACCAUUUACGACGGCCCCCUCGACCAACGAGACUGUUGAUCAUGAACAAGAGGCUGAAACUGUAGCCUUUGGUGCCGAGUUGGAUUGCGAGCCAUUGCAGGAUGGCGUCGAUUACACAGCGGCAGUUCGACGAGAAGGCAAUUCAGUCUUCUGGAUCGAUUUCAACACUACAACGCACUCGAACUCCAAAGCGGAUGUGUGUCCAGCCACUGCCUCGAUGGCUCUGAGAUUUGGUCCUAUAAUGCCAGAAUUUACUCCGUUCGAAAUGAAGUGUCGUCGCGGCCCUAUUGCGGCUGAAGUUGUUCUUGCCCUCGACGCUGCUGUCAACGCCACGCAAAGCGUAAAAGAUACAUGCAUGACCACAGUGGUACUAGGCUGGAUAAGAGCCUCUGGUGGGUCGUGUGAAGUGCCCCCGCUCACAAACCUGACAGCACAAAACUCGUUAUUCGUGCGAUGUCGACCAAGACUCGUCACGGGUAGAGCGACCGUCCGUACUGAUGCAAGUGGUCGACUUCAACAGCCAGCCCAUGGCUUCAAGCCAUCGAUGGAUGAGGAUCUAACACAAAUGUUCACCAACGACCCUGUGAACCUCAUUGGGCAAAGUAAUCGCUACUUUUUCAAGUUCUUGCCCGGCGGCUGGCACAACGACACCAACGCCGACGAUCCAAUGAACUAUUUUGCAAGCCGGGAGAUGGACAGUCGGCUCAUUGACCCCAACACAGGAGUACCAACAUUAGAGGAUGUCACAACGUCGUUUGGAAAGGCGUACUCGAGAUUGUUUGCGAUUUGGCUCGGAGCCAAUAAAGAGAAGCUAUUGGUUCCGCGUAGUGAUCAGACUCAGGGCUCAAUUCCAGGCUGGACGGUGUCAACCGAGCGACGACUCCUUCUCUCCACCCCGAUGUUCGCCAUUUCCGAAGGCAUCCUCUCUAUCUAUGCUAUUGUAGCCAUCAUCGUCUACUUGCGUCGUCCUGGGCGUUAUCUUGCACAGAUGCCGACAUCAAUAGCCACAGUCAUCAGCCUAUUCGCCGCAAGUGCUGCUGUGCAGGAUAUGAGGCAGACUUCACAACUGGACAGAAAGGGCCGCGCAGACCAUCUCAGGCUUCUUGACUCACGCUAUGGGUACGGCAGCUAUGUUGGGGGAGGGGACGGACGGGUGCAUAUCGGCAUCGAGAAGACACCGUUCGUCAGGGUCAAGUCGAAGACCGCCUGGUUUGAUCAGAAAGGCCGCAAUGGCACUACAGUGUGAUUGUCUACAGAAAAAUAUCACACGACACACCAUGCUAGAGUCCCCUUUUUGCUCGCCUGCACAUGGCCGAUGUAAUAAGCACAAUUCAGCCUCUUCCACAAUCACACUGAGCGAGCCGUACGUCGC